AAAUUCUCUCACUUUCUAGGAUGUACACCCCUUAACCGCGUUUCAAAUUAUAAUUUUUCCAUCUUCAAUAACAGACUUCCUUCAUAAGAAAACUAGCACACGCUACCUUAUGUUAUACAAAAUUUCCAAAAAACACAUUUGCCCCAUAAUAUAUGCUUGACAAAAAUCUUACUAACCUUCCACACACAUUUUAUAAUUCAUAUUUCGUCAUAAUCAAAAGGUGCAAAUAAGCCUAGGAUCGUUUGUUCCUAUCUUCUAGUCUCUACUAAAACAACCACCGGCCAUUAAAAAAAAGCUCUUAUUGUGUUCAAAUUUAUAAGAGUUUAAUUCUCUUUCUUUUACUUGCUUCUCAUUGAGAGAGUGAGUAAACAAGUGAAAGGGAAGUAGCCAUGGGGAAAAAACUUGAUGCCUUACUAGGAAGAAACUUCAAGACUAGUAAAUUUAAGGCCACAGCAAAUCUAGCCAUUUCCAGGGUUGCUGUACUCAAGAACCAGCGCCAGGCACGGCGCUCGAUCGCUCGGUCCGAUGUGGUUCAACUCUUAACCCUUGGUCAUCAUGAAAGAGCUCUUUUGAGGGUUGAGCAAGUGAUCAAGGAACAGAACAUGUUGGAUGUGUUUGACAUGAUAGAAGGCUAUAGUAGUCUGGUGAUGGAAAGGGUCAACCUUCUUCAACAAGAAAAAAUUUGUCCUGAGGAAUUGAAGGAGGCGAUAUCGAGCUUGAUUUAUGCAGCUACACGGUGUGGUGAGUUCCCAGAACUUCAAGAGCUUCGUGCUAUUUUCACGUCAAGAUUUGGGAAAGAAUUCACGGCUCGUGCUGUUGAGUUAAGAAACAAUUGUGGAGUAGAUCCUAAGAUGAUUCAAAAGCUAUCAACAAGGAUGCCUAGCUUGGAACAAAGAACCAAAGUACUUAAGGAAAUUGCUGCAGAGAACAACAUCGUUUUGCAAAUUGAGGAAACAAUUUUGGAAAAUGUAGAGGAGAAGAAAGUCACUGUGAAAAGGAAGGACCAGCCUGAGAGAGGGCUAUCAAGUAAAUCAGUGGAAUACAGAUAUGAAGGUACCAUACCAGGUUUACCUCAAGAUGUAGACCAUGAAGCUAGGGGAAAAUAUAAAGAUGUAGCAGAUGCAGCUCAAGCAGCUUUUGAAUCUGCUGCUUAUGCAGCAGCAGCUGCAAGAGCAGCUGUGGAACUCUCUCGGUCUGAAUCGCGUGAUAAGGAUGACCCGAAAAGUCCAAGUCAGAAGCCAAGGAAUUUAUCAGACUCUCGUGACGAUUUGAAGUCCGAGUUUCAUGCAGGAGAGGAGAAUAAUAAGAGAGUAAAUGUUGGGGAUGGAGUUGAGAAAAUCCAGCCUAGUCAGAACUAUGGUUUUCAUUCCGAUGGAGACGAGGUGGAAGAACUCAAACAGAGGAAGUUUAAAGAACAGUUCAAGAGAUCAGUCUCUGCUUCAAGUUCUGAUUCAGGAGAUGACAUACUUGUUGAUGAGAUAGGUCCUGGGCAUGGUAUAAUUUUUGAUGAAAUCGAUGAAGAAGUUGGAGAGGAAAGCAGAAUUCCAUCGUUAAAACAUCCUAAGAAUGAAGUUUUUGGUUCUGAGAAAUCAAACAGCAAGGAUGAUACUAUGGAAGGGGACAGCAGAAACUAUAUGUACUUGACUGGAAAACAACUUUCUCCAGUGCACAAAGCACGAAAUGAAAAGGAGAUUGAAGGAUUCACAAAGCAAGGUGCAGAAAACGUUGACAUAUAUAAGAAGCCAAUAUCAGUGAGAACAAGAAAGAAUUAUCACUGGUGACCAAGGACAGAUAGAAGUUUUGCUGAAAUUUUUUGAGUUGGAGCAUAUGUCGUGUGCUUUGUCAAUAUAUUGUAGCUUCAUAGUUUCUUUAUUUUGGAAGACUUUACAAGUUUUGGAACAUAUACUGUGUGCUUUGUCAAUAUAUCAUAGCUUCAUAUUUUGCUUAUGUAAUUAUAAGCUCGAGACAAAGAAUGUGAUGUUUUAUAAUCGAAGCUACAGGCAGACAUUAAGCUUC